AUGCGAACUGGACGAUUUCCUUGGAACUCAAAUUCCGCCUCAAUCUCGGUCGAUAGUCAAGCUGAUCCGCUGCGUCAUUUAGUUGUGGAAACAUCGGCCAUUCUAAACUGGUCACAUCAUCUGCGUCCACUGUUGCGUUCCGGUUGGACUACUCUUGGUCGCACUAAAUUAUCGGCUAACUCAAUCCCUGUGCGUUCCACCAGAACGGUUUCUGUUGCCGCCCCUUUGCUACCACCGCCAGCCUCGUCUGUGGUUGUGACUCCUUCUAAGCCAGAUCACGCCUUGGGUUCUGUGUUACAUCAUGAUGGCAGUCUUUUGCCUUCUGAUGGACCCAAGACUCUGAUUGGCGUAGCAAAACUGAAUGAUUUCGCCGGUAACGAUCAGAGUGCUAGCAGUGAAGAUCAAGUUAAUCCACCUGGUUCCUUAAAGGUAGCAACAAUUGCGUCCACUCCAUUACUGCAUCCGGCUGAUGUGGAUUGGAUCAGCGUGAAUACAACCCCGGGGACGAGCUCAGUGCCAUCAAUAUCCUCGCUUCCUUUCGUUCUGUCCCGCACUGAUUCAGUCACAAAGGACAUGCCCCCACUCGGCGAUCCAAGCACCACUUCGAUGUAUGAUGAACUUGGUCAAUCGGCUGGUUCGCUAGGUAUUUAUCAGCAGCAGUCUCACCACUUGUCUGACACUGUCUUGGCGGACGAAUUCACCGAGCGUGUAAGCACGGCCAUUCGAGAUCUGGAGUGCUUAGAUGAGCGAAUUCUUACACCAUUAGAACUAACCUUAUCCGAGAUGGAGAGUCGGCUUGACAAAUUGAAUACGGAAGUGACUUUCUUGGAACAACAAAAGGCUCAUGCUUCAGUAACUCGUCUGCAACCCGGGUUAGCUCGUGGUUUACAUGAUAGGCCUGAUCCAGUUGAACCAGAAGAUGAAUACUGUGAUGAUAUCACGGAGGAUAGUAACGGCUUAACCACGGAUCAUCAAUUGGACACAGAUACCAUGAUUAUGUCACCACUAUGUUCCUCCUCUUCAUCUACAUUUUCCCUCUCUCCACAUCAAAACCCAGUAGAGGAGAGCAAAGCAAUGGUACGCGAUUUUUCACAGCAGUCAUACAAAACAUCAUUUCUCGGCCUGUCACACUCCACCGGUAACUACUCAGUUGACGAUCUCGUUUGUACCCGUGCAAAGCGCGCGGCUCGGAAACUAUAUCGAUUUGCCGUCGGUCUACGCCCAAGUAGAGCUCGGCAGCCGUCAAAUCAAUUAGGCAAUAUGGCGUUGACCGCUCGAACGAAACCCCCCGCACCGCACUUAUUUCCCUCGCGGAACCCUGUUCCUUCUUCGCGAAUGUGA